AUGUCGUCGGUUCAAGUGGCACCCACGCGCAUGGCGCUGACGACCUUCAAGGGCAAGCGUGUCGGCGCCAAGAAGGGGUUUGAACUACUGAAGAAGAAGGCCGAUGCCCUGAAGAUGCGCUUUCAAGCCAUGCUGCGCGAGAUCCAGAAGACCAAGAUGUCUAUGUCGACAGAGGCAUCGGAGGCGUUCUUCUCGCUCACGCAAGCGCAGUACGCUGCUGGUGACUUCCGUAAUAAGGUCAUCGAGUCGGUGAGCACGGCAGAGAUCCGCACUCAGAACCGCAUCGACAAUGUGGCUGGGGUCAAGCUGCCCGUAUUCACGGAAGUGGAAGUGAGUCGCGAGAAGAGCGACAACAUCGGUCUGGCCGGCGGAGGUGGCAAGAUCCAGAACUGCCGCGAAAAGUUCCGCGUGUUGCUACGCGCACUGAUCAAACUGGCAUCGCUGCAGACCUCUUUCGUGACGCUGGAUGAGGCAUUGAAAGUGACCAACCGCCGUGUGAACGCGUUGGACAACGUGACCAUUCCUCGUAUUGAGAAGACGAUCUCGUACAUCACGAGAGAGUUGGACGAGCUGGAGCGUGAGGAUUUCGUGCGCAUCAAGAAGGUGCAAGCGAACAAGCAAGACCACGAGAAGGCGAUCCUGGCCAGAGAAAAGGAAGCGGCGGAGGCCAAAAAGUCGUCGGGUGCUGCUGUGGACGACGACCCGUUCGCGGACGUCGUGGCGUCGGACCGCGACAUUCUCGCCCAGUACGAGCCGUCUGCGGACGCAGAUGUCGUCUUCUAG